GCACCACAAGCAACAUUUCAAAUGAAUACUGAAGAAUGAAAAACGCGUUGUUAAAGGGCCGACUCCGCGCUACGGGCUCUUAUUUCAACAUUGCUAUGCGUGAAUGUCUCGAAACAUCACUUGAUUCGCCAGGAAGUUUAUUAGAAGCAGGUGCAUUUGACAUCUCAAGCGUGACUGCAUCUUGAUUUGUUCAGCAUUGAGAUAAUGAAGUACACAAUUGGACAUUUUUUAUCGACGGCAUUGAUCUUUCUCAGACAUUUUUAAGUCCACUCUCGCUCAGUGCACGAGAGCAAGCCCAUGUUGUUUGUCGCCAAACACAGAUGUGGGCGAGAUAAACUACUGAAGGCGUUCAGAACCUAUUCGCGAUAUGAUUAAGUGAGUUGAGAAGUUUACGAUGAAGACUGAAGAGUCGAAGUUAAAAGCAUCCUUUACCAAGGAUAUAUCUGCUAAUUCAGGGACAACAUCGUCUAAUUGCACCGUAAAAAAAGUUCCUUUACUUGUUCACAGCAGCGGUCUAAAUACGCCGAACAGAUCUUAUGUUUAUCAGCCUAAGGUUCCUAAACCAAAGGCCGAACAAUCCAGUUGUACAAGUCUGAAAAAUCCCUGGAUUGUUAGGAGUGCUGUAGCGUUUGUUGUGGUCAUCGUCAUUGUAAUAUUCGCAUCUCUGCAAGGAAAAACUAGCACUGAUUUGGAAAACGCAAAGUCCAGAGUCCAAAAGCUUGAAUCCAUGGUCGAAUCUCUACGAGAAAAUAUUCUGAUUCUGGAGAUGAGACUACAAUGCGCUACGUCAGAUAACAAUACUGACGAAAGAGGAAGGCCAUGUCCUUCAAGGACAGGAGGCAGAACAGGUCUUUUAAAGAAUAAGCGAAAAGGAGAUAGAACUACUUCAACAAGUAAGCCUUCCACCAAACCGACACUUGAUAGAAAGUCCAGCCAAGGCAUGGAAAACCUCAACGCUCAAAUGACGUUGAGCCAAAAAGGCUCAAAUCGAAAACGGACAACCAUCUACACUCACUGGGGAAAGUCAAAAUGCGAUGACGAAUCAGAUAUAUACACUGUAUAUUCAGGAAGAGUGGCUACCUUGCAUUCACAAACCAAUCCUGCCGUUGGUUCAGAAUAUAUGUGUGUACCUGACAGCUUUGAAUAUACUGAUACAAGACACAUGACAAGUGGACUGUACUUAUCACCCGUUCGAUUCGGCACGAAUAUGAGCGUUUUCAGACCGUUUAAUGAGGAAAAUUGCAAUCAGUAUCCAAGUAAAUGCGAGUGGUUCAGGGAACUCGAUCCAAGUUACUUCAGAGAACUCCAAAUGUUCCAGGUUCCUUGCGCAGUGUGCAGGCACGAAAAACGUUCAGCCACACUCGUCACUCCGGGACGCAAUACGUGUUACCCACUCUGGUUUAAAAUGUAUCACGGAGUUUUAAUGACAAAACAGGGUGGAAUUGCAAGAUCGGAGCACAUCUGUGUCGACUACGACGCGGAUGGUAUACCUGGUACCAAUACCACUGAUACAAACGGCCCGUUUAUACAGUUUGUUGCGUACAAGUGCAAUAAAUCUUACUGUCCUCAGAACACGGACAUUCCGAAAGCGUUGACAUGCGUUGUGUGCACAAUCUAAACAUAACAUAAUUAGUGGUUCAGAUACGUAACACUUAGAAUCUCGGCUUCGUUUGGAAAUUUUCAACGCCAUCGCCCUUAGUGCAACAACAACAAAAGACAAAUCGUAAGGAGGUCAUUGGUGAAAGGAGUUAGCAUGGCUUGGAAAAGAGUACAUGAACAGAUGUUGUCUUGGCAUCCGGACAUUAAGAUGCAAUUUUCGGCCCCAAAAAACCCUCCUGUGAGUUUGAAAAGCAAAGCUCAAGAAGGGCAAAGAAGUAUAUAUUCAUUUAGCCACAGCCGUGAGCGUAUAGUUAAGUAACUUAUAACUAUACUUAGAAAUUCCUAUGAUCAACAAUUCGAUUAUGCGCCCGGGUUUUAAUCGCGUGAUAAUUGGCGCAGGCAUUGCCGGAAAUAAUAUCCUCGCAUAGUAAUCAAGACCAAAUAACAUAGUUGUUUCAUUAUAAAUCUACCAGUCGUUCAAACCUUGUCAAAAAAUGGCUUAUGUUUAAAUUUUUAUUUACAACUGCACUCUGUUAGGCCACGCACUUAACCCGCUAUCUAUCACGGAUUAGAUAGCGAGCGGCUAAGCCAAUCAAAUUGCAGUAUUUGUAACAGAACGCUGGUAUAUGUAUACUACUUUUGAUUUGAAAUGGAAUGUUAGCCGACACAAGGAGAAACACAUUACAUGAUUUAACUACUAAAUAUUUAAACGUGUCUUGUUCAGGACUCGUCAUCCAACAUUCACAUAGCCAGCGGUAAUAGGACUGCGUGGAGUCCAAUUCUGUCCGUAAUCAUACUAGCGAUUGACAAAAUCGGAUGAUCGUGAAGCGGGAGUUCGAUUUGUUAAUCAUUAGUAUGAUUACAGACAGAACUCGACGACGCGAAUUCCUGAUACCAAUUAAUCAUAACUAUCACAAAAUUUAAGAAAGAAACUAGACAUUUUGUUAUAGUUUUGAUUAAGUAAGCAAUUAUACAAGAGAGCUUUCUUUGACUCAUUAUUGAGCACUAGUGGAACCCCGAUAUUUCAGAAAGUUUAGACACCCCGGUAUGGCGAACGGUGUCGGUGAAAUAUGGCGAUAAGAAUCAAGUUUCCGUCGAACAAACUAAGAAGGGAGAUUCAGAUUCGCUGUUCCUCAGGAACUAGGAAAGGAGGAUGGUAAUACGCUUUGCAGAAAAUCAUAACAACUGCAGAAAACUUCUUGCAAUCGGUACAACGAAUUACAGAAAGCUACUCCAUAAAAUGACAUUCAAUUUGGUUAUGGGAGCAACGACAUUUUCAGUCGGGACAAAGUGCGCAUCCCCUGAAAUUUAGGUGUAAAUGCAAUCCACAAUUAUCACAAGAUCCCACUGAAUUAUUUCAUUUACUUACUUUUUCCCUCGGACGGAGGAUUUAGAUGGUUCAUUUUUGACAUAAAUAGCAGUUUAAUUAUUAGAGAGCUUUCCUUGAAAUAUAUUAAUUCAUUCAAAUACAGCUCAUUCUUUUCUGGAUGCCAAUUCAUAACUUCUACAAUUUCCAAGCCUCUUUUUUAGAUGUUUAAAAUCCUCUUAGACGUGUAUGUGUCAAUAAAUAUUAAGACUCAGGCUUGUAUAAACUGAAAAUUUUGGAUCACAAAGUGUAUUAUGAGAAAUCUGGAAAGAGCAGAUUGCCUCACUUAAUAAAGAAAUGCAUUCGAUUUC